CCAAUGUUCGGAAUGGUGUAAUCGACGCUAGAUUAGGUCUCUGAACUAUACUUUAAACUUUCAUUGUGAUAUCCUAAUGUGUCAUCAGAAUUGUUAAAUUACACCUGUACAUUCAACCACACCGCAUGGAUUAUAUCUAUAGGUCCCCUGAAUCACUCGGGCCUAUGGCGAUGCCCGCCGUGCGUCAUCAACUUUUGAACAUUUUUUUUUUUUACAUUUGAACUCGGAAACCGUGUGUCCUAUAUUCACCAAAAUGACUGUGGUACAUAAUAUUGAGUAUAGGUGAAUAGCAAUUGUGAAUUUCGUGGUCCGUGUCCUUUUUGUGGCCCUAGGGAUAUCGUAGAAACUCCAAAGACUGUACAAUCUUCAGAAACCGUCCUCUUUACUCCUGGACACCCAACAUAAAAACUGAAUGCAUACCGGUAGUUUUUCAUAUACUGAUUAUUAGAGUCUGUAAAAAUAUAUUAGAGUCUGUAAAAAUAUAUAAUCCGUGGUUCCUGGGUUAGGGGUUUAGAUCCAAGGGCGGGCUUUAUGAAUUAUAUUUGGUUUAUUUUUUCCGUGAUUUUAUACUUUAAAAAAGCUAAUUUUGGCUUUGAAAAAGAAAUAUUUGAACGUUUCCCAAGUCAAAUAAAACAGGUUUUAUAUACAUAUAAAAUAAGAUGAGACGUCUAUAACAUCAAUGUUAAUUAAUUCAAUUAUCUGAGGAAUUCAAACACUUAGGAAAGGUUGUGUUUAUUAGAAUAAUUCAUGUAAAUGAUUGUGUGAAAGUAUUCAAAAACCAGCACCGUUCAUAUUAAGAUGAUCUCGCUUCCUUAUUGUUGAUACAUAUGUAUUUGUUGUUGCCUUGGAUCGUCGUAGGUCUGCUGUUAUUGUUGUUUAUAUUUCAGACAAAUGGUGUCUCUGUGUGACUUGUUUUCAUUCACUAUUUGGUUAAAAAUAGAUGUUAAUGUUUACUGCAUCAACUAUGACUAUGUACAGCAACUUCCGUUAUGAAACCACAAUGCUUGCUCCUCAGCUGUAUGAUGAGGAGGGAAACCAAUAAAUCAGCUCUUGAUAUUAUUUUUGUUUUUAUUCAGUGAUAAUCACCACACCCUAUCUGGUGUUUUUCUGGCGCUCAGUGAUGUUGAGGUCUUUGACCUUUCGAAGAUCUUCAUAGACCUGGCUUCAGACAAGACAUGUUUUGGAAUCAGUCGAGUUUAAUCAGUAGCCAAGAAAACUAUCGGUCAAUCCCGUAUUUGCUGAAACAACAGCGCUAUUUGUAGAACCUGAAUUUUGCUGAAAGGAUUUACAGAUUUCUUUUGUAACGGAUAAAAUGGUGGACAUACCAGAUGAAUUCCUGUGGAUGGUGAUAGUGGGCUUCAUCAUAGCCUUUGUUUUGUCAUUUGCCAUUGGAGCCAAUGAUGUGGCCAAUUCUUUUGGAACCUCUGUGGGGGCGAAAGUUCUCACGCUACGACAGGCCUGCAUUCUAGGCAGUAUCUUUGAAAUUCUCGGGUCAAUUCUUAUAGGUUAUCGUGUAUCAGACACCAUACGCAAAGGCAUCAUAGAUGUGGAUCUUUAUAAUGGCACAGAGAGUACACUGAUGGUCGGAAAUGUGGCAGCUCUUACAGGUUCAUGUGUGUGGUUGUUUGUGGCUACGAUCUUGAAACUCCCCGUGUCUACCACCCACAGCAUAGUAGGGGCCACCGUGGGGUUCGCUCUGGUCGCCCACGGACAGAAGGGUAUAGACUGGAUCAAGAUGGCUUUCAUUGUUGGUUCUUGGUUCAUUUCCCCGCUUCUGUCUGGUACCAUCAGUGUGCUGGUUUUCCUGGCCAUCAAGUUUCUGGUGCUAAACAAAGAGAAGCCACUGGAGCCGGGCCUGAGACUUCUCCCCAUGUUCUACGCCCUGACUGCUGCCAUCAACUUGUUCUCUGUCUUCUACAAGGGAUCCAAAUUGCUUCACUUUGACAAGAUACCGCUGUAUGGUGUGUUUAUCAUCACAUUCGGAUCUGCUCUCCUUGUUGCGAUCAUGGUGAAAGUGGUUGUUGUGCCCUGGUAUAGAACCAAGAUUCAGAAAUAUAUGAAGGAAUGUGAGGAAGAAGAAAACGAGAAGGGAAAAGAAGUGAUGGAAACCUCGUUGGACAAUGACGACAUCUCCAAAUGCCAGUUGAUAGAUGAUGAAAAUAAGGAGAAUAUAGGAAAAGUUGAGUUAGAGGUCACUCCCAGUGGCAAGAAGUUCCCCAUUGGUGGUGCUAGCAUAGCACUUCUUAAUGAAAAACUGUUAUCUCCUUCAAUACUGAAUGGAAGAGAAAUAGAUCCCAGCAUCCCGCAAUCAAAAUCCUCUAGCAAUUUUUCCACACCUGAGUCUAAUACAUCCUGCCAUUCCUCUCAGCCACUACUGUGUUCAUCAAAAUCUGGCAAAGAUGAGAAGAACGAAGAAAUUGGUACUGCUGGAAACAGUAAUGAAACGAUAUGCACAGUCGAGGUGGAGCUGGAUUUGGAGCAGGCCCGGAAUGCCCUCACAGACAAACCAGAAACGAUCAAACUCUUCUCCUUCCUACAGGUCCUGACGGCAGUGUUUGGAUCCUUUGCUCAUGGAGGAAAUGAUGUUAGUAACUCCAUUGGCCCCCUGGUUGCCCUGUGGAUCAUCGCUACGGAGGGAAGUGCUGCCCAGAAGGCCCAGACUCCGAUCUGGAUCUUGGUUUAUGGUGGUGUAGGAAUCAUGAUAGGUCUAUGGGUUUGGGGGAGACGGGUCAUCAAAACGCUGGGAGAAGACCUUGCCAAGACAACACCAUCAAGUGGGUUCUGUAUUGAGAUUGGUUCAGCACUAACUGUCCUCCUGGCAUCCAACAUGAAGAUUCCCAUCAGCACGACUCACUGUAAAGUGGGUUCAGUCGUCGCCGUCGGGAGGGUGAGGUCCAAACAAAACGUGGACUGGAAGUUGUUCCGCAACAUCAUUAUGGCCUGGGUGGUGACCGUUCCUGUGGCUGGAGCUAUCAGUGCCCUCACUAUGUACCUCUUGAUGUUCACAUUAUGAAGACUUCCAAUGAAAUUCUCAAUUGACUGCGAUCGUAAGGUGCUUUGUUGAUCUAACUGAUCACACUUGUGAAGUUGUUACUUUAGAGCCUACAUUCCUGCGUUGUAUUUCUGGACUUUCAUCUGAUGAUACGAGUUACAUUGAUUGUGUAUAAAGAGUGGAUGUUGCUACCUCUAGAGAUAUAUGUUAACUUAUUAGAACGGGUUUUAAGUGACGCACUUAAUUCUCUACCUCAAGUGUAAUUUAUCUUGUGAAGUAGUGAAAGAAAACAAAUAAGAUUGUUGUAAUGGACUCAAAUUAGACACAACAUGUACUCAACAAAAGAUCUCGAGCGUAAACUUCAUAUCAAUAUUCCAUAAUACAAGUUGAUGAGAGGUGUUAAGUUGUGGUAUUUUCGUUCCAGUAUUUUUAUUUUUUAUCAGUUUUAUUUCCCAAGCAUUAUAGUACAUGAUUAAUUCUGAAGAACAAAAAUAGUUAUGGUCAGAACAUGUUGUGAUGUUAAUGCUAGUCCAACUGGCAGCUGAUAAGACGCAUUGUGAGACGUGAAAUCUAGUCCCUCGUCAGACAUUGGAAUGUCUAUAAUCUAUUGAAGCUGUGUAAAUGGGGAGAAGUGUAGAUUUUUGACAAGGAUUUUGUGUUUUCAUGUGUGUUUUAUGUAUUACCAAUCAAAAACAUUUUUAAAAAAAGAAAUAAAAUGCAAAAAAGAAAAAAAAAAGUUUCAAAAAAAUAUAAUCAUUUUAUAAAAAACAAAACCAAAAAAAAAAGAAAAAAUUAAACAGGUAGAUAGUUGAUGAAUUAGAAUAAGUUGUGUUUGAAAAUGCAACCUUAAAAAAUAUAUAAUGGGGAAAAAAUAAAAAAAAAAAAAAGAAAAUAAA